AGAGGGCGGGGCCAAGCAUUAGGACUCUGUCUGAACUAGUUUGUUUCUUUGUUGUGACCUGUGUCCUGAAGAAGUAGAGCAGACAUGGUUUUGGAGGAUCUGAAAAGCCGUCUGAACAACAGAGAAUAUAAAAACUGGCUCAAGGCGGGUCAGUGUCUGCGCAUCCUGAAGGAGGGUCUUCAUCCCUUCAUCAGCCUCGACAUGAGAGCUUUCCACGGGGACCUUCUCAACAAGAACACCCAGCUCAGGAAACCGUGCUCCACGUCUGCAUGCAAACCGAAAGGGAAUCAGCUUACCUCAGCGUGCAGAACAUGUUCAGAGUGGCAGAAAGAGAUCCUGAAACACCACAGACAUAGAGACCCUAUAGUGAACUGGGACAACUGCUUCCCUCCACGAUGGAGAACAGAUCCCUGGGAACUGGCCAAGGCUUACAUGCCUCGGGGUCAGAGCAAAGUGAAGAGUGCAGAUCAGUGUGACGCCUCUGCUCUGCUCAACCUGAUCAACUUCUGUGACUGGUUUGAUUCUGUGGAUCAUACAGUUGUGAGAGAGGUGAUCCGUCACAGGAACGAGUUGAUGCAUAACUGUGAGUUAGGCGUUAAAGAUGAAUGGAUGACGCAGUAUCAGACCUCUCUGAGAAACUUCCUGCUUCAGUUCAGAAAUGUUCCAAAGAUGGCAGAAGCUGGACGGGAGAUCAAGGAGAUGCUGACUGUUGAUCUGUCCAUAUGGGUCUCUGGUUUUGACGGAAUGGAUUCUGCUGACCUUUUUGGAUUAGAGACUGAUAAUGUCAGCAAACAGGAAUUCAGCGCUGACUUAAUCAGCCAAUGGGAGGCCGAGCUGCUGCAAGAGAGGCUGCAGGAGUUACUUUAUGCUGAUGAUGAUACAGAAGCACAGGACUCUGAGCAGUUAAAGAGGCUGGCUGGUUUCCUGCAGAACAACAGAGAUCUUUGUGAGAGGUUUUCUGCAGAGCUCCAAACUAUUAACUCUUUAGAGGCCGUUUAUUAAGAAGAAUGAAGCUGUGGCAAAGAGGAUGAAGAUCAUGUUGUGCACUGUCUUUAAAAAAAAUGGGGCCAUCUAAUUUAUUUUUGAUACACUUUUUGUUAUCCUCGUUUUUAUUCCUGCACAGCCAUCAUUAAAAGAGAUGUUCUAAAACAAAGAAAAA